UCUCCUAGCGGCGACGCCGGUGGGGGAGGAGCCGUCCGAGGGGAACGUGGGUUGAACGUUGCAACUAAGUGGUGUGGAGCCCCAUUUGGUACAGGAGUUCGGAUCGACCCGGGUUCAUUGAAAAAUCCUUAGUGAUAUUGACAUGUUUCAAGUGGCAUAAAUUAGCCAAUGACUCGGAAUGAUGGAUUCUCCGAAGAUUGGAAAUGGUUUGCCAGUGAUUGGACCAGGGACUGAUAUAGGGAUAUCUUCACUCCACAUGGUGGGGUAUUUGGGAAAAAGUUUUGAUUCAGCUAAAGUUACAGCAGAUGGAUAUUGCCCAGCUUGUAGAGAGAAGGGAAAAUUAAAAGCCUUAAAGACUUACCGAAUUAGUUUUGAAGAAUCUAUCUUUUUGUGUGAGGAUCUGCAGUGCAUCUUUCCUUUGGGCUUUAAAUCACUUAAUAAUUUAAUUUCUCCUGAUUCAGAAGAUUGUCACAGUCCAAGUAAGCCUCAAAAAAGAAAGAUCUUGGAAACCAGCUGUGAAGAUUUACUUCUUUUAGCAAAUUCUAAAAAGACUAGAAAUCAUACUGUUACUGAUGGUGAGCAGAUUUUGGACAGCAAACAAAAGGGGAAAGUAUAUGAUGAAAACUCAUCAAACUUACCUGACAGUAAUAGUCAGCAGAAUCCUGUUAGGACAGAUGAUUCCUCGGAGCAGGAUGGGAUUUUGGAAACUGAUGUUGACUUGCCUACUGAAAAAGAUCCUGCUACAGUUGAUGUCUCUGGAACUUGGGGAACUUCCUCUCAAAAUGAAGGAUGUACAUCUGAACUGGAAAUGCCAUUGGUCAGCAAACGUAAAUCAUUUCCCCAGACUUUACAUGUUCAGUGGAAAAAUGCUCAUGCGCUCUGCUGGCUAGACUGCAUCCUGUCAGCUUUGGUGCACUCUGAAAGGUUAAAGAGCACUGUGACUGAACUGAGCUUGAAGGAAGAAUCUGUAUUCUGGCAGUUGUUUACAAAAUAUAAUCAAGCAAGUAAGCUUCUGAACACUAAUCAGUUGGAUGAAGUUACAGAUGACGAUGAUAAAAAAUGUAGCUCAGAAGUGUUUGCAGAGAUAGAAACCUGUCUAAAUGAAGUCAGAGAUGAAUUUUUUAUUAGAAUUCAGCCCCAGCUUAGAUGCACCUUGGGUGAUAUGGAAAGCCCUGUGUUUGCAUUUCCCCUGCUGUUAAAAAUAGAACCCCACAUUGAAAAACUAUUCACAUACUCUUUUUCUUGGGACUUCGAUUGUUCACAGUGUGGACACCAGUAUCAAAACAGGUGUAUGAAGAGUCUGGUCUCCUUUACACAUGUCAUCCCUGAAUGGCACCCACUUAAUGCUGCCCAUUUUGGUCCAUGUAACAAUUGCAGCAGUAAAUCACAAAUAAGAAAAAUGGUAUUGGAAAAAGUAUCUCCUAUAUUCAUGGUGCACUUUGUUGAAGGCUUACCACAGAGUGACUUGCAACACUAUAAAUUUCAUUUUGAAGGCUGUCUUUAUCAGAUCACGUCUGUAAUUCAGUACCAAGCAAAUAACCAUUUUAUAACAUGGAUUUUAGAUGCUGAUGGAAGUUGGCUGGAAUGUGAUGACUUAAAAGGCCAGUGUUCUGAAAGGCAUGAGAAAUUUGAAGUUCCUGCAUCAGAGAUACACAUUGUUAUUUGGGAAAGAAAAACAUCUCAAGUGACAGAUGAAGGAGCUUCCUACCUCCCACUUAAGACUGACGUUCACUCUUUCAGUGAUGAGACACCUGUAUGUCCAGUGUCGUGGUGUGUUGGUGACGCCACCUCAGCGGAGAUGUCCUCGAUAGCUCACCCAGAGAAUGUGUCAGUUACUCCUCACACUCUUCCACAGGAUGAAACUGUAGCUCCUAAAAACCACUUACUUCCAGAUCCAGAGGUCAACAAUAAUUUACCCUUGACACUUGAAGAAACUACCCAGAAAACUGCUUCAAAUUUUCAAGUUAACUCUGAAACAUUGCUAUUAGAAAAUAAACCGGUGACAGAAAAUACACAAAUUGGCCAAACAAAUGCUUUCCAAACACAAGAAUCACUAAUGGCUUCUUCAGAGUCAGUGCUGUGUAAUGAAAAGCUUAUACAAGACCAAUUUGUGGAGUUAAGCUUUCCAUCUCAAGUUAUAAAGACAAACACGCAAUCACUACAGCUGAAUGCAAACGAUAAUGUAAUUACUAACUCUGUGGAUCACAUUCAUGCUCCUGGUUUUAUACAGGGAGUGCAGUCAGAAUUGGAGGACACUCAGUCAAAACAGGUCCUUACACCAAAAAGUGAGAAAUUAAAACCAGAGCAUGUUAUAGUUCAGGUAUCUAAUUUGAAGAAAAAAGAAACUGUAGCACAUUCUCAGACCAUAACAGUUAAGUCAUUACAGGAUCAGACUCCGAAAGAAAGUCAGAAGAAACCAUUUGUGGGAAGUUGGGUUAAAGGCUUAUUAAGCAGGGGCGCUUCUUUUAUGCCACCUUGUGUUUCAGCUCAUAAUAGAAGUUCUAUAACUGAUUUGCAGCCUUCAGUUAAAGGGGCAAAUAAUUUUGGUGGCUUCAAAACUAAAGGCAUAAACCAAAAGGCUAAUCGGGUAUCCAGGAAAGCCCACAGAAAAGCUAGUAAGCCUCCUGUAGCCAAUGAGACUCCGCCAACUCCUCUGCCGUCAGGCAGCACAGCUGCUCAGCUUCCUGCUGGUAUGACAGCUGCCUCUGAAGUUUUGAAGAAGUGUGAAAGCACUUCAGAUGGACCUCACCUCCACCACAUUGCUCAUGGAAAUGAAAAUGAUGUUUCUUCAGCAAACCACAGAGAUUCAGUUGAAGGUCAGAUUCAUAAACUUCGUCUAAAACUUCUAAAAAAACUAAAGGCCAAAAAGAAGAAGUUAGCUGCUCUUAUGUCUUCCCCCCAAAGUAAACCACUUCCAAGUGAACAUUCAGAACAUACUCCCGAUUGUGGGUCUCCAAAUGAUUGUGAAUCAAUAGAAGACUUGCUAAAUGAGCUACAGUAUCAAAUUGAUAUUGCAGAUAAAUCUGGAUGUACUACUAAUGCUUCCCCAUACAGUAGUCAAACUCAUGAGGAGAUUUUAGCAGAAUUACUGUCUCCUCCAACUGCUGUUUCAACAGAGCUCUCAGAAAAUGGAGAAGCGGACUUUAGGUAUUUGGAAAUGGGAGAUAACCAUGUCCCAGCAACAGUACCUCAUGAAUUAAAUUAUGUUUCCCAGGACACACAUCUGAGACAGGAACAUAAUUAUUGCAGCCCCACCAAGAAAAAUCAAUGUGAAGUUCAGCCAGGCUCACUAACAAAUAAUGCCUGUAUCAGAACAUUAAACUUGGAAAAUUCCAUGAAGACUGAUAUUUUUGAUGAGUUUUUUUCCACUGCAGCAUUAAAUUCUUUAGCAAAUGACACAUUAGACUUACCUCAUUUUGAUGAAUAUCUGUUCGAGAAUUGUUGAAUGCUUGUUAACUUUUUUGAGUUCAAUAUUUAUUAUUGCUCUUAGAAAAACUGUGUUUUCAAGUAGUAUUUAUAUACCAGUCUUGUGUAAUAACCAUGAACAAAAUAUAAGACAUUGAGGGUUUAUCUUUGGUUCUGCCCACAAAGCAUGUAAUGUUUUACAGAUUAAAAUGAUCAGGAAUAUGAUCUUCUUGUUGGCUUUAUUUUGUGCUUGUAGGAGAAUGAGAAUUUCAAAAUGUUGAAAAUGAAAAGUAGCAUUUAGUUCCUGGCAGUUUAUACAGUUGGGUACAUUAAAUUACUAGAUUUCAAGUUUUGUUAAUGUUGCUUCUGCAAGCUUCUCUCAGUAUCUACAGGGAAGGGUUUUAUCACAUCCUUAAGGAUGCCCAAAUCCACAGAUACACAAGUUCUUUAUAUACACAGUGUAGUGUUUACAUGUAACCUAUGCGUGUUCUUUCACUCAGCUUAUCUCUAGAUUACUUCUCAUACUGUGUGAGUACUGUGUAAACUGCUGUACUGUAGGGAAUAAUGACAAAAUCUGGACGUGUUCAGUACAGACUCAACCAUUGUCUUAAAUACAUAGUACAUGUUUGCAACGUGUGACAUUUUCUUAUCCAAGCUGAUCCAUGGAAAAGGAACCUGCACAUAGGAAGGGC